CUACGUGAAACUCCAUGGAAAUCUCAGAGUUCAGAAGCAGAGCCUGGGGAUCAAGCAAGCCGUGAGACCCUCAUGAAACUCCCGCCUGGAGUUUCUCGAUGAAUUGAACCUUACGAAGGGCGGAAGUUCUAUCAGUCAUGUCUUUACAUCAUAUUCUCAACGAUGACCCACCCUACAGAUCGAACUUCAGCAGUGCUGAACCGACCUCGUACGGCUCUUUUCCAUCUCUCUAUCCUGAUCCUCACAUCGAUCUUGAUGAUCUGUUUCUAGAUACGCAACACCAGAGCACUUACGAUGACGGCAAUGGACUACUUGAAAUCCCACCUGAUGCACUUCACCAGAUUGAGGUGGGCUUCGAGGAUUGGGCCACCAUGAUGCACCCAGUGGCAAACGAGUCAGAUGAUCAUGCAGAGUCGAGCCAUCCGACAUCAGUAGGCCCGAGUGAGAUACUUGAGCAGGAUAUGAUUUGCUAUGGCAUGCUGUAUGAAUACGAUGUCAAACUCGUUUCAACAGACAUGCAAGAAGUGACCAGCACUCUGAAGGCCUCCGCAGACGGACAGCAGUUGGCCUUGGACAACCAUUUACAGAAGUUCACCGUGAUGAGGAGGACGGAAUCUGCAGUACUGUGCUUCGAAGACGGCUCUUCAUUUGGGUAUCUGAGGGAAGGGCAAGCUCGAGUCCUUGUCUCCAUCAUGGAAUCGUGCCCGGCUGUCACGUUCGAGGGUGUCGCGCGCACUCACCUGCUCAUCGAGCGAAUCAGCAAGAUCUCGAAAUCUCCGGACCGAUUUGUCACUGUCGACAUCAACGUCUAUGGCCCCGAGAAUAUUGCCCACCAGAUUGGGCAAGAACUGUCCAGCAACAAGGCAUAUCUGCAACAACCUGACCACUAUCUGAAAGACUUCCAAUACAAGAACCCUCAUGUGAUCAAAUUUCCCGGGAUAGACGUGACCUCCCGACGCCGCAACGAGGUGCGACAGGCUGAGAAACCUGAGGCGGCAAUUAGUGGGAAAGAGGACCGUUUGCAAAGGAUGCUUGCAGAGGUCCACGCCACGCUGAACGAGGUGGAAGAGCCUUCACGAACGGAAGGCGACAGGCGACUUCGGACGCAGCUUCUUCCGCACCAAGAGAGGGCUCUCACUUUCAUGGCUCGGCGCGAGUCUGGUGAGAUUCCUGACGAGGAUAGACUUUGGAGGAAGACAGCCAUCGAAGGGCAAGAGAAGUAUAUUCAUAAGAUCAGCAAAACCCUUGCGAGCGAGCGGCCCACGGAAAGGGGCGGUGGGGUCUUGGCGGAUGAGAUGGGUAUGGGGAAGACAUUGACAAUGAUUGCUGUGAUAGUUCAGACACUGUCGGAGGCACACCGAUAUGUCGUGGAGAGGCAGAGCUCGGCCCACCAGAGUGGGAAAAGCAAUAUCUAUUCACACUCCACCUUGGUCGUGGUCCCGUCAGAAUUACUCAUCAAUACUUGGACGAAACAGAUCAAUAAGCACGUUGGUGACGAUCUCACUUACGUCAAGUACCACGGCGCCGGAAGGCUCAAGGACGCAGAGUCGCUUUCAAAGGCCGAUGUCGUUAUUACAACCUAUCACACACUUGCCGUUGAGUUCAAGGAGAAGAGAAGCCUACUUCACAACAUUCACUGGUUUCGCGUGGUUCUCGAUGAAGGGCACAUGAUCCGCCGACCUGCCACAAUUUUUCACAAGACAUGCUACGAGCUAGAAGCACGAUCGAGAUGGUGCUUGACCGGCACUCCUAUUCAAAACAAGCUUGAUGACAUCGGAGCACUCUUCGUGUUCAUCAGAGCUGAACCAUUCCACAGCAUGGCGCAAUUUCGAAGUUCAAUAACGCUGCCUUUCGAGCGAGGCGACGACACUGUGAAGGACAAACUCGUAAUGCUCUAUAAGUCUCUGUGCAUAAGUCGUCCUAGAAGAAAAGCAGAGCUACCAGAACCGAUUGAACGCCUCCGAGAGCUCGAGUUCACACAAGAAGAAAGACACCUGUACAAGAGAACAGAGAGCAUCAUGGAUCGAACAAUCCGGCAAGUUGUCGGCCAUGUUGAGCAGGAGAAGACCUUUGGUCUUUUCCAGACAUAUCUGCAGCUCCGCAUUUCCUGUAACCACGGAACGUGGCAAAAACUCUUCUCGUGGCGACGCAAUCGACUGCAGGAGAUGCGCGAGGCCAUCGAAGCUAACAGACUGGACGCUGAAAUUCGCUGCGGCGGUUGCGCGCAGCCCCGGCCGAGCCUCGACAGCUACAAGCAUUAUCCGAGUUGCGGCCAUUUCUUGUGCUCAGACUGUCGCAAGGACCACGCGGGAGACCACAACAUUGACCGCACAGACGGGCGUUGUCCUCUCUGCCGUAUUCAAACCCGGUCUCAUCAUCAUCACCACCAUCAUCAUCGAGAGCCAAAUCAGGUGCCAGAAGUAGUUCCUCUCUUUGGAGACGAGGAAGAGACCCAGCCGGCAAAUGACCAUGCAAUGCAAGGUCUCCAGGAGGAAGAGGAUUAUUUUGAGGAUUCGGGGCACUCGACGAAGAUGAUGGCUCUGAUGGAAGACGUCAAGGUUGAUCUGGAAAGAACCAAAAGCAUCAUUUUCUCAUGCUGGACGAGUACUUUAAAUUUGGUCGGCAGACAUCUAGAGAAAGAGGGUGUCAAAUAUCUCCGUAUUGAUGGAGAAACACCGACGAAGAAGCGACAAGAUUUACUUGAUCAAUUCGACAGCCAGACAGUUCGAGUGCUUAUCAUGACCACUGGUACGGGUGCAUUUGGGCUCAAUAUCAUGUCAGCUCAAAGAGUGUUCAUUGUGGAGUCGCAGUGGAACCCUAGCGUUGAGAACCAGGCGAUCUCAAGGGCAAUCCGCAUCGGUCAGACCGAGAACGUGCUUGUCACGCGAUAUAUCAUGAAGGGAACUGUGGAAGAAGAAAUGAUGUCCCAGCAAAAGAGGAAGCGUGACGCAGCGAGGUUGGGCUGGUAAGGGGAGGUUGAGCCCAAAAGUCUGGGUUUUAUGUGAAGACAGGCCAAAUACUAACGUUACCGCCGUUGCCGGAACAACGCCUCGUGGCUGGCUAGCCACCUCUACCCGGAGACGGUAUCUACCUUUUCGCCUACCUAGCCAUAGAUACUUAGCCUAAUCAAUAAACCAGGUGCGCAAGUCUGCUUGGGCGCUUGCUGGGAGGAGUUACAGGUCGCACAAGAAGGCCCCUAAUUGCCAUAAGCUCGUAGCUUGUGUUGUUCCAGGCAGCUCCCAGGCCCCGACUGACUCUUAAAAAGCAGUGAAGCAAAUGGCCCCCCAAAUCUCCUCUGCUGGCAGUGGCCCCACCUUAUUAGUCCGAUUGAAUCUCCCGAACAGCCCCGCUGACGGCUC